GGGUCUUUAAGAUAAAUCUAAUUUUUAUUCUUAAUUUUAUAGUUUUUUAGUUCACCAUGGCAUCUUCUAGUGGAGUUAGCAAGAAAACUGUGGCAUACUUCUAUGACCCUGAUGUUGGAAACUUCCACUACGGCCCAAAUCACCCGAUGAAGCCCCACCGUCUUGCCAUCACACACAGUCUUGUGCUCAACUAUGGGCUGCAUAAGAAGCUGCAAGUUUACCGGCCCUAUAAAGCAAAUUUCCAUGAUAUGACCAGGUUCCACUCAGAGGACUAUAUUGACUUCCUGCAGAAAGUGUCUCCCCAAAAUGUUACAAAUUACACCAAAAAUCUUGGACAGUUUAACAUGGCAGAUGACUGCCCUGUGUUUGAAGGCCUGUAUGACUUCUGCUGUAUGUACACUGGAGCUUCACUACAAGGAGCCGUCAAACUCAAUAACAAAUGCUGCGACAUUGCAGUCAAUUGGUCUGGGGGACUCCACCAUGCCAAGAAGUUUGAAGCAUCAGGCUUCUGUUAUGUCAAUGAUAUCGUCAUUGCUAUUCUAGAACUGCUUAAAUAUCAUGCACGUGUUCUAUAUAUAGACAUAGACAUUCAUCAUGGCGAUGGUGUACAGGAAGCCUUCUAUCUCACUGACCGAGUCAUGACGGUCUCCUUCCAUAAAUAUGGCAAUUAUUUCUUUCCAGGCACUGGAGACAUGUUUGAAAUCGGCCACGACAAUGGACGCUACUAUUCUGUCAAUGUUCCGCUGAAGGAAGGCAUUGAUGAUGCAAGUUACAUACAAGUUUUUAAGCCUGUUAUCGAGAGCGUGAUGCAGUUCUACCAGCCCACCGCAAUUGUGCUGCAGUGCGGUGCCGACUCCCUCAACGGGGACAGGCUGGGUUGCUUCUCACUCUCCACGCGCGGUCACGGGGAGUGCGUGAGCUUCACCAAGAGCCUUGGUCUGCCAGUGCUGGUGCUGGGCGGCGGGGGCUACACGCCCCGCAACGUCGCGCGCUGCUGGGCAUACGAGACCGGGCUGCUGGUCGACGCUGAAAUGCCCACUGAGAUCCCCUACAGCACGGAGUAUUGCCAAUACUUCUCCCCGGAUUUCUCCCUGCACCCCGACGUGAUCACGCGGCAAGAUAACGGCAACAGCCGCCAGUACCUGGAGGCCAUCGUAGCGCACACGCGCGACAACCUGCGCAUGAUCCAGCACGCGCCCAGUGUGCAGAUGCAGGAGGUGCCGGCUGACGGGCUACGGCUGGGGGAGUGGCAGCCUGAGCGCGACCCCAACGAGCGCCUGCACCUCAGGGACGAGGAUGCCAGGGUGGAGCCCGACAACGAGUACUACGACGGUGAGAAGGACAACGACCACAACGACAUCACCGACGCCAAGAACUGACGUGCAUAAACCCUGCUGUUCGGUCGCCCCACGGUCAGAACUGAUGCAUUUUCUGACGCUCGGUCGCCCCGCCCUCAGAACUGAUGCACCUCCUGGCCCUCGGUCGCCCCGCGCUCAGAACUGAUGCACCUUCUGACGCUCGGUCGCCCAGCGCUAUAUCUGAUGCAGCUUCUGACGCUUGGUUGCCCCCGCCCCACGGUCAGAACUGAUGCAUCUUCUGACGCUCGGUCGCCCUCGCCCCACGGUCAGAACUGAUGCAUCUUCUGACGCUCGGUUGCCCUCGCCCCACGGUCAGAACUAAUGCAUCUUCUGACGCUUAGUUGCCCCCGCCCUACGGUUAGAACUGAUGCAUCUUCUGACGCUUAGUUGCCCCCGCCCCACGGUCAGAACUGAUGCAUCUUCUGACGCUUAGUUGCCCCCGCCCUACGGUCAGAACUGAUGCAUCUUCUGGCGCUCGGUUGCCUCGCGUGCAGAACUGAUGCACCUUCUGGCGCUCAGUCCAAGAUCGCUCCAUUGUUUAUACCGCAGUUGUUAAUAGGUUAUGGGGUCGCUCUAUGUCCAUAUUCUGCUGUGACAUAGCUUUUUUUACCGUAUGCAUCAGCUGGGACUUUUUUGUGAGUCUCCCCAUGUCCCUGCCCCAGCUUAGACUUUUUAAUAUCCUAUAUCCAUGCCACAAGUAAGCUAUUAGGGUGAGUGGGCUUGAGGAGAGGCUUGGCAAUAAUUAGUCAAGUUCAUUCUACUGAGCAGCUUCUAUCGAAAACAGGGAGAGUCGUUCCUGUGCGGGAAUGACUCGCAUUCAUAUUGAAUGCCAGUCAUUCUAUGUUAAUUUAUUCAAGAUCUCGCAUCCAUAUCAUGCGAAUGUUGAUCUCAUUAUCAUUACUAGGAAUUUGUCUUGAAG